AUGAAGAUGCCGGCUUCCGUCGUUGAUAUUAACUUUGUAGGCGGAAAGACAUUUGCUGCUACUUCGCCUUCCGAUCCAAAUUUUUUGACAAAGCCGCCGUCAAAACUGGAGGCGGCCAGUCCUACCAAUGGACCCGAUAAUGUCCAUUCCGUUUACGGUUCCGGGGACAACUACUACGGCACUUUGUUCACACAGAUGUCCUACGGCAUGGGCGAGAACAAUCAACUAUCUACAUCCAAUCCAGUUGCCUCCCCAGGAAAUACCUUGAAUCCCAACCUCACGACCGCCCUCGCAAUGUCCGUACUGGCUGCGGCAGCUACAGGCAAUAACACUCCCGAAUUCACCGGUGGUCAACCUCCACUCCUAGGCCAACAGAUGCAUCCUGGCGGCCAGGCUCACGCACCAAUGCAUGAUGAGAAGAACUCAAACUCCUACCCCAACGCUUUUGUAGCCGCUUUAAUGGCC